AUGUUGCAAGGAGCAAUUCUGUACUUUUUCGUUAUUAAUAUUUAUUUGAAACUUCUGUGGUUGAAUAAUAUUUUGGAGAACACCACUAUCAAAAGGAUCUCCAAUCAAAAAAAGAUGGUGUUUCAGGAUACAAUAUGGGAUUCUAUAGUUAAGGGUAUCUGCAAGGAGCCUAAAAUGUUAAAGGAUCACAUUAUCCGCUACAGUUGGUUUGAAUUGAUGCAGAUAUAUGACAAAGUAGCGGAUUGUAUAGAUCUAUUCAAUAAAAUAUACUGUGGUCAAAUUUUUGUGAUGUACAAUUUGUGGUUACUGUGUACUUUGUUAACAAUAUGCCGAUCGUUAUCGCCAUCUGUGAAGUAUUCAGAAGUAUAUGCCAGUGAUUUAUUCAUGUACUUUAGUUUGAACAGCCGACCUAUGUUUUUGGCAAUCAUGUGCGAAAUGUUUAUGAGCGAAAGAAAGAAAACUUUAUCAUUGUUGUUGCAUGUAUUACAGUUACAUGAAGGAGAUGAUCAGAAGUACAGUCAAAUAAAGACCAUGAUAAUGCUAGCGGAGUCACGCAAGUUAGAAAUAACUACCAACGUCUUCGCCAUUAAUGUGCCCACUGUCAUGAACUUCGCCGGUCGAACUAUAUCCUAUACUGUGCUGAUGAUUCAAUAUUUCUAUAAUCACGUCUUUUAAAAUAAAUAAAUAUGCACCAAUAUUGUAUGAAUUAAA